AAAGAAGAAAAAUAAAAAAAUACAAAGCGAAUGCGAAACCAGAUUUAUUUUAUACCUUCUAAGGUAUAUACAUCAGCAAAUCAGUCACUCGCUCAGUUGGUGAAGUUAAGCGCAUCAUAGCGAACGUUAAAAGAACAACUCGAAGAUUUGAUUGAUAUGAUAAAGAAAAAAAAAGAAGUGAAUACAUAAUUAUGAAGUAAAAUUAAAAAAAGCCGGUAUAUGAAUAACUCAUAAUUGUGUGGAGGUAGUAAACAAACAAAUGAAUUUCAUUAAACAUUUUAAAAAUAAGAUAAACUUAUACAUUCACAUCGACACAAGCAUAUUGAAGAUUAUCUUUGGGAUUCAAGUGUGAGGUCAUCACGUAUAGCAAUAGUGCACAGAAAACGUGUUAUACCUUGCAACACGAAUUUCAAGGCCACUAUUAUAAAAGGUUUUUCAAAUCGUUAAUACAAUUUUAUUAUAAAAUUCUAAGCAAAGUGGAACGAACAUGUUCUUCUGACCCUGUAUGGAAAUGGAAAGAAAUUUUGAACUAGUUUAAUAAUAAAAGCAAUAAAGUAAAAAGAAUUCAACGCCAUAAACAAUGGAGAAAUUUUUAAUACUCAUACCAACAUGGUUUAUGUUUUCAUCGUUAUGUGUUCACUAUUGCGGAUGUGAAACCAAACAAAACAUUUUACCUGAUUUACCUCUAGAACAUUUAAAGCGCUACUUAAAUACGUUCGCCAAAGUAAAACAACAGUGUGAACAAAAUGAAACAUGCAAUCGAGACUUGUUGAAAAAUAUCACAUCCGCACAAGAUAGUGAACUUUGUUGGGGCUAUGAACGGGAUUGUGUAAAGAAAAAUCGUUUCCAAACUCCCUCCUGUCCGGGAGCGCAUACAGGUUGGGUGAGAAAUAAAGAGGCUCAAUUGGAUACAUUCUAUCAACAAGCUGACUUCGGUUAUGUACAACACCAAAACAAUGAAUUAAUGCUAAUGUGUGAGCCUAAACUUAUUACGGAUUCUUCCUUGGAAUGCACCAAAUAUUUAAGAUUUUGUCGCGGCAGAUAUCUGAUGUUAGAUUUUCGAGAUUUGGCCCAAAGAAAUGAACGUAUACGUUAUCAUAUGGAUGUACUGGGUCCUGGACAAAUCAAAGGAUACUGCAAACUAAACGAAACAAGACUUAAAAAUGAAAUGGAUCACUUGGGUGCCUUACAGUCAUGGUCACCCGAAUUAAGAAAUUUUGAGCAAGCAACAAAUAAUUUCGAUGACCAAAACAAAGAAUGUGAUAUGUUCAUAAAUACGCCCACAUUUUUAAUGAAAAUCGAUGCUACGUAUAAUAUGUAUCAUCACUUUUGUGAUUUUUUCAAUCUCUAUGCUACACUGUUUGUAAAUCAAACUCACUACACAUCGUUCGAUACAAAUACUCAGAUUAUUGUAUGGGAAACUUACCCGUAUGAUUCACCAUUUGCCGAGACGUUCAAAGCUUUUUCACAUAAUCCAGUUUGGACACUAGAUCAAGUCAAAGGUAAACGCAUUUGCUUCCGAAAUGUUGUAUUGCCUUUGUUGCCCCGUAUGAUCUUUGGUUUAUACUACAAUACACCAAUUAUACAAGGCUGCCAUAGUAGUGGUUUGUUUCGAGCCUUCUCCGAGUUUGUAUUACAUCGUUUACGAGUACCUUUCGAACCGCCUCAAAAAGAAAAAAUCAGAAUAACUUUUCUUUCGCGACGCACAAAAUACAGGCGAGUUUUAAAUGAGGAUAAAUUGCUGGAAGAAAUAAAUAAAGAUGACAAUUUUAUUAUAAAUAAAAUAUCGUAUGAAAGAGACUUGUCAUUUAUGCAGCAGCUAGAAGUUACAAGAAAUACUGACAUUUUAGUAGGCAUGCAUGGUGCCGGACUAACGCACCUUCUAUUCCUUCCCAACUGGGCAACAAUAUUUGAGCUUUACAACUGCGAAGACCCCAAUUGUUACAAAGAUUUGGCCCGUCUACGAGGCGUUAACUAUAUUACUUGGGAACAUCGUGAUUUAGUAUAUCCAGAAGAUGAAGGACAUCAUCCGGAGGGUGGAGCACAUGCUAAAUUUACAAAUUACGUAUUUGACGUAAAGGAAUUUUCACGUUUAGUUCAGCAGGCAGCCAAACAUGUGAGCAACCAUGAAGAGUUUCAAAGUUAUCAAAAAGAGGCUACACUAAAGGACGAAUUGUAGUUACUUAAGAUUUGAGAUUAAUGUACUUACUUUUUUAGGAUUUUAAUUAUUGUUUGUAAUGUGAUUUUAUUGAAAAUAUAUUUUAUACUCUUUUUCUACAAAUGAAAAAUAA